CUUGCCCAGUGUUACUCAGUGGUUCAGUGGGGAUUCGAACCCUGGUCUCCAGAGUCAUAGCCCCACACUCAAACCAUUUCACUAUGCUGGCUCUCACUCUAGAAAUAAUGCAAUUUCACACCAGUGUUAAGGGCUGUAACUCCAACCUGUGGAAUCCCGGGGUUUGUAGUUUUGCAAGGUCUUUAGUCUUCUCUGCCAAAACUACAGAUCCCAGUGUUCUGUAGGAUGUAGCCAUAGCAGUCAAAGUGGUGUCAAAGUGCAUUAUUUCCACAGUGUACAGAAAUGUAGGUCCUUUCUUAAAGUAGCUCCUGUCUUACAUUUUUGGGUAAAGGUUGGACUCCUCAUUCUUUCAUUUUAGCUGUAAGUGUUCACUUUAGUCUAAGAAACCUCAUGCUGCCAACUUCUUUCUUUCAUUUAGUCUCAAAGGUGCUACAAGAUCAAGUUCGGCACAGCUGCGAAACCGUAACUUGGAAUAAUGCGUGAAAUUCCCAGUGACCAUUGAGAGCUGCUGAUGUCUCUUGGAAAGCCCUGUGAUGACCCAGUGUCUUUACAUACAGCUCUUUGAGCUUUAUUGACACCCCCCUGAAAAAAAUCCAUGAGCAGCCAUAGUACAAAAUGUAUUGGUCUGACACUGAGUUUGGACUUGAGUACUCCAUUUUACCUCAGUCUCAUCAGGUCACCUGCAUCUAUCUUGUGUGAUGCUGUGACUGAUUCCCAUGAUAUCAGAACUUUGGGGCAAAGUUGAAAAACAUUUUUGGUAAUAAAUAUGGAGUGGAGAAAAUAAAGAAGCUGAAGUAAAUUCAUGGACAGUUCUAUCAGUGGCUACUAACCUCUUUUUCUGCCUGCUGCAUGUCACUUUCUUCAGUCACAUGAAGGUGAAGGUGAUUGCCCUGGAGCUCUGGUUUUUCCACAGUAGGAAAAAGAUGCUGAACUUGAAGAACCAUUGAUCUGAUCCAGUUAGGUCUUCACAAUCUUUUAAGGAACUAAUGAAAAGAACAUGGUUGUUGGAAAGUUAUGAUAUUCAAUAUAGAAAUCACACAGUGAAUUUAGUGGAGUAGUUGAAAUCAUUUGAGCCUAUCUGGUCUUUUUGUGGUCCAAGUAAUCUGCCUAAAUUCAGAUUACAUUGUAACACUUUGAGCAAUUAAAUCAUCUUUGCGAGUUCUACUAAUUUCCUUGUCUCAAAAAUUUUGGCUUAUGCCUCAUAAAAUGCCACCAGGAACUUGGGAUUAAUCACUAGUUGUGUUAUAAUUAUAAGUAUGGUUAAUGGAGAAACUUACAGAUAAUGUCAAGAGAACCUCUGGGGCAAGGAACUGUAAUCAGUACAAGGAAUAGUGGUUACCUCUUAUAGAAUACAUAAACUUCAAUUCUCAUGCUUAUGUUCCACCACAGCACCACAAGAGAUUUUGGUUUGGUGUUUUGAAUGAGAUCUCAGUUUUGUAAAUCUUGUGUUUUUAAAAUAGAAUGAUGAUGCAAUUGUGUUUUACCUUUUGUAUACAAUAAAAGUAAUUUUUUUAUAGAUUUAUACUAUAUACAGUCCUCCUUCUGUUUUCGCAAGGAUCAAUUCCUCCACCUCCACCACCCCCCUGCAAAAAUGGAACAUAUGCAUAUUCAAGGCCUAUUGGUUUGAAUGGAGGCAUGCCCCCAUGCGCGUGGGUGAUGUGGACGCCCCUCAUUUUAACCCCUUCUGUUUGCCUCCCAUGGAUCAUAGGGAUGCAGAUCCCAAGUCUGCAGGAAUGGAGGGAGGACUGUGUACUCAUGUAUAAAUUUCAUGUAGAAUUUUUAGUCCAAAAAACUGACCCAAAAAAACUCUGAGCCAUCUUAUCCACAAGUCAUAACAAAAGCCAUAAUUUUGGCUCAAAAACCUGCCCUCGACAUAUCCACGAGGCCUACGUAUAAUUGGGUAUAUACAGUAAUUUUUUAAAAUACUGUUUUAAUAAAACAAUAUAUUUAUAAUUAGCAGUUUCACCUGUUGGUAUUGUUUUCUUUAGGCUCAUGAAGCUGAAAGGAAAAAAAGAUUUAUAAAAAACAAAGUACAUGUUGAGAAGUAUUCAGAGCCUCUGCAGAAAAGAGAAAAGGAAGAGAGUGAAAUAGAAGAUACUGGAAGAAAAGUGCCUUCAUAUAAGCCAAUUUUCUGCUUCAAAUACAAGUUUUGAAAAUACUCACAAUACAUCUGCUGUGACUUUCAAUAAGUCAACCAAAAGUGUGUAUACACCACUUGAGCUCCAGUUCCUAGAAAUGAAAAAUCAAUAUAAGGAUGCUAUUUUGUGUGUAGAAUGUGGUUAUAAAUACAGAUUUUUUGGUGAAGAUGCAGAGAUUGCUGCUAAGGAACUGAAUAUCUACUGUCACAAAAAUCACAACUUUAUGACUGCCAGCAUACCAACUCACAGACUAUUUGUUCAUGUUCGGCGUCUGGUAGCAAAAGGAUAUAAGGUAGGAGUUGUAAAACAAAUAGAAACAGCUGCUCUGAAGGCUGCUGGAGAGAACAGAAGCUCUCUCUUUGCCCGAAAAUUAACUGCAUUGUAUACAAAGUCUACAAUAUUAGGAGAAGAUGUGAAUCCUCUGCUGAAAUUGAAUAAUCCUGUGGAUGCUGAAGAAAUACCAUCUGAUGUCUGUGAUAAUUAUCUCCUCUGUAUCUCGGAAAGCAAAGAAAAUAUAAAGGAUAAGAAUCAAAAUGUUCACAUAGGCAUGGUGGCUGUCCAGCCUACUACAGGAGAAAUUAUUUUUGACAGUUUUCAGGAUUCUGCAGCUCGCUUAGAACUGGAAAGUUUAAUUUUACGCCUACAGCCUGUUGAGAUUAUUCUUCCUAAGGAUGUGUCAGAUCAAACUGAAAAACUUAUCAGUGCUAUCACUUCCCUAAGUUUGCAGGGUGAUAGAAUUCGAGUAGAGAGGAUGAAAAACAAACUUUCUGAGAACAUCAGUGCUUUUCAACUGAUAACUGAUUUCUAUACCGACAGUCGAGUACUUGAUAGUACAGACUCCCAUGCCCUGUCACUCAUUUUAAACUUGGAUAAGGCAGUAUUAUGCUCCUUGGCUGCUGUAAUUGUAUAUCUCAAAGAAUUUAAUUUGGAAAGGAUACUCUACAACCCUAGUAAUUUUAAGAUGCUAUCAGGUGGACCUGAAUGCAUGACACUUAAUGGAAUCACAUUAAAGAAUCUUGAAAUCUUACAGAAUCAAACUGAUAUGAAAACAAGAGGCAGCCUAUUCUGGAUCUUGGAUCAUACAAAAACUUCAUUUGGGAGAAGGAAGCUAAAGAAAUGGGUGACACAACCGCUCCUGAAAUCAAGUGAAAUUAAUUCCCGACUUGAUGCAGUAUCUGAGAUCCUCCUGUCUGAAUCAAGUGCCCUUAAUGAAAUCAAGAGUCUUCUGCAUAAAAUGCCAGAUGUUGAGAGAGGGAUCUGCAGUAUUUAUCACAAAAAGGUAAGUGAGUACAGUACUACUAAAAAGGCACUUCAUGACAGCUCAUGGAGAGAAAAUAGCCUUAUAGGCCUGUUACAGACAGCCAAAAUAAAGCUGCUUCGAGUCACAAUGGAGGUAUGGUGUUUCAAUGAUGCAUGCGUCCUAAGACUCCAGAAGUCGCACCAAAGCCACGCUCCAGUCCUUGCCAAAGAUACAGUAUUAUUCUGUAAGUGUUCCACUCAAGAGUUCUUUCUAAUAGUCAGCACACUCUCUCAGUUGGAAGCUGCAAUUACAGCACUGGUUCCAGCUAUUCAAACUCAGGUGCAAGCAACAUUAUUACAUAGAAAUCUCUUGGAAAUUCCUGAGUUGCUGUCUUCAAUAAAAAAAUAUUUAAGCAUACUUAAUGAAGAUGCAGCAAAGGCUGGAGACAAAACUCAACUGUUCAAGGAUCUUCAAGAAUUUCCUUUAAUAAGGACAAGGAAGGAUGAGAUUCAGGGAGUACUCUGUCAGAUCCAGAUUCACCUUGAAGAUAUACGAAGAAUACUAAAUUGCCCAUUUGCUGCUUAUGUAACAGUAUCAGGACAAGAGUUUCAGAUUGAAGUUAAGAACCCACUUGUGUCUUCUGUACCACUUGACUGGAUUAAAGUUAGCAGCACAAAAGCUGUCAGCCGUUUCCAUACUCCUUUUAUUGUAGAAAAUUACAGGCAUCUGAAUCAACUACGAGAGCAGCUAGUCCUUGACUGCAAUACAGAGUGGCUCCGCUUUUUAGAUGAUUUUAGUGAUCAUUAUCACGCAAUCUCUAAAGCUGUGGAUCACCUAGCAACUGUGGACUGCAUCUUUUCCUUAGCUGAGGUUGCCAAACAAGGAGGCUAUUGCAGACCUGCAGUAAAAGAUGGAAGAUCAGAGAUAAUGAUUAAAAAUGGGAAGCACCCUAUGAUAGAUGUCUUACUGGGAGAGCAAGAGCAAGAACAAUAUGUUCCAAAUGAUACACAUUUAGUAGAAGAUGGUCAGAGGGUAAUGAUAAUUACUGGGCCUAACAUGGGUGGAAAGAGUUCUUAUAUAAAGCAAGUUGCAUUGAUUACUCUCAUGGCACAGAUUGGUUCCUAUGUACCAGCUGAAGAAGUGCAAGUUGGAAUUGUUGAUGGCAUAUUUACCAGAAUGGGUGCCACAGAUAAUUUAUUUAAAGGUCACAGUACUUUUAUGGAAGAACUGACAGAUACAGCUGAGAUAAUUAGAAAAGCAACUUCACAUUCACUAGUAAUUUUAGAUGAACUGGGGAGAGGAACUAGCACACAUGAUGGAAUUGCAAUUGCUUAUGCUACUCUAGAAUAUUUUAUUAGAGAUGUGAGUUCACUGACACUGUUUGUCACCCAUUACCCUCCUUUAUGUGAAUUAGAAAGGGCUUACCCAAGACUGGUUGGGAACUACCACAUGGCCUUUUUGGUGAAUGAAGAUGAUAGUGAACAAGGAACGGGAAUUAAAGAUGAAGAAAGUCCUGAAUCUGUCACUUUCCUGUAUCAAAUAAAAAAAGAAGUUGCUGCAAGGAGCUAUGGGCUAAAUGUUGCUAAACUAGCAGAUGUUCCUGAAGAAAUCCUUAAAAAGGCAGCUCACAAAUCAAAAGAGCUAGAGAGAUUUGUGAAUAUGAAAAGGAAAAGGCUGUUGACUUUUGCUGAAAUAUGGAAUACUAACAAUGCUGGAGAACUGCAAAGAUGGAAAAAUAUGUGUGAAACAGAUAACUAUUAGAGCCAACCUCAAAAAUUCUUUUGAAGUCUGACAAUUGAAAAUGGAAGUAGCACAAGAAGCUUGAAAUAACUGAUUAGACAAAGAAAUACAUACAAACUGAAAUUUCAUAUCACUUAAUGGAUAUUGGCAGAGUUUAGGUGGCUAACAGCUGGUUCACUUGAUCAUGGUUGUUUAUUUCUAUAUGAAUUAAAAUAUCUCUAGUUACAAUGUUUAGAGGAGGAUGCUGAAGCAGCAUCCUGUGAUCCAAACAAGAUAUCAGAAAAUAUGUCUGAAAUUCCAUAUUUUAAAAAAAUUGAAGGAUCUAUGGAGCUUAAUGACCUUUCUUCCCAUGCAAUUUUCUUAGUUUAAAUUACUCUGAAGCAGUUAGCCAAAUAAUGAGGCACUUUAGAAAAACAUAGGAAGUGUUAAGCCCCCCUUUUUUAAAUUUUAAAACAAACAGAUAAAUAUAUGAGAUCUGUUGAUGGGUCUUCUGCCAUCUCCUGUUUUGGUAACAUGUUAUGUAACUACUGUACCAGGAAAUGACUGAAUGAGCCUUCACAUGGACUUUGACAUGAUCAGGGAUACAUACAAGGGCUAUCGGGUGUAGAACAUUUUAUUACAAAAAAGGAAUAUGCCCUCCAAUAGAGCAUCGACUGGAUCUUGCUUUGUCUGUCAUAAUUAUUCUCAUCUGCCAUACUUCAUUCUAAAAACUUGUUCUAGAGAUUUAAGGAACCUGUGGAGCAGGUUUUCAGUGCCAUGGAGAGCUGCAGAGGGGCAAGUGAGAGAGAGAAAUUAUGUCUUGAUUUUUACUGAUGUUGAUAUUGAGGUGCACCACUGGAUCUUGCCCUAUGAAACUGGGCCUUUAAAAUAUUUAAAUACAAUAGACAUAUUCAACCCUAAUGUUCAAUUUUUAAUAUUCCUUCCCAAUGUUUAAUCAGUUUAUUCAGUGAAAGUAAUAGUAUUUUAUUAAAUGCUCCCAUAUCAUGUUUCACAAAAGGCAAGCCUUUCCAAUGUCGUCUUAAAAAUGGACUUUAGUUAAAACAUAUUUUAAAAGAUCUUUCCUGUUAAAUGAAGUUGCCUGUAAUUACUGAUGGAAAAAACAUGAAAAUCAUAUUUGUAAAUUAUAGAAAAAUGAUCUUGUAUUAGAUAAAAUAUUUUUAAAAGAGUAUAUUUUAUUUCUGGACCAGUUACCAUGACAGAAUAGUAAGCCAUUUCUUUGAAGUAAUGUUUAUUUUUAUUUAUGAAUAAGAUAUUUGAAUCUAGUGAUGUAUGAGAAAGUCUAAGGGCAGAGUACAAGAAAGUCAAUUGAAACAAUUGAAAAUUUAACUGAAAAUAGUGGUCUAAAACAUAUUAAACCAUUUAAAGCAAGUUAAAAACCAUUUUAAAACCAUUUAUGUGUACAAACUUAAUGAAAUCUUUCGACCUCAAUGGCUUUAAUAAAUCAUUGUAGAAUAAUAUGGUGAUUCUGUUUACCAUCAGUUCAGUUGUAUAGAAGAGUAUUUUCAUACUUUAUAUAACUAGAUUUUUUUUAAAUAUGGGAACUGAUUGCUAGCCUCAUACACGACUGUGACAUUAUCAGCACUGGGGUUGAUCAUGUUCCUAGCCACUACUUGUAGUGAUCUUACCUCAGUAUUGCCACACUCUUCCCAAGGGUAUACAACUACCAGGAUUCUUAGUGAAUCCAAUUCCUGAGAUAUGAAUAAGGCUGUUCUUCUAAAUUUUUGGCUCUAACAUAGCUACAAUAAUGGUGUAGUGACCAGGCAGUAGAUGUGGUUAUGCUGAAAAAAAUAAUAAUAAAUUAUCAAAUAAAAUAUAA